UUGAGUGACUCUAUAGCUUCCAAUUCCUCCUCUUUUUCCUGCACAUCCAGUUUGACUGCUCGCAUUCAGUCGCUCUCGUCAUCGCCGGCGGAAGCAACAGGUCCCGGGACUGGUCGUUGUCGCUCUCUGUCUCAUCAUUGUCUUGCACUCAGUCGCGCGCCUUUGUGGCGCUCGUCGUCGCCGGCGGCAGAAGCAGCAGGUCCCAGGCUGGUCGUCAUUGUCGCCGUCAACUUCCUCCUCACCGUCAGCUUCCUCCCCGCCGUCAGCUUCCUCCCCGCCGUCAGCUUCCUUCGCUUAACCAGAAGCUGCUUCUCGAUUUGGUGCGGUCCAUGUCAAUUCAUGGUUCCCAUUCUUGAUGAAGUGAGCACUCACCUUAAGGACAAGAUACAGGUAGUCAAGAUUGAUUCUGAGAAGUACACUGCGAUCAAACUUACAGGAUUGAGGUUUGAGGCCGUGCCAACCUUCAUCAUCUUCAAGGAUAGAGAGCCCUUCGAUCGAUUUAAACCAAGGCUAUAAUGGAGCAAAACAAGGCUAGCAAAACAUGGCUGUUGAGAAAAUGAUGCGUAAGAUUGAACAACAGAAGGUUGUUCCCUUUCUCAUUUUAUAUACAUUUGGAUGUCUACUAUUGUUAAUCCAGUUACGUGUGUCCAAUUUAUUCACUGUGCCAUUUGGGAGUUGAAUAUUACAUAGGGAAAAGGAAAAACUGGAUAGAAGAAUUCGUGAACUAUAAAGACAACUUGAUGAAAAAGAAGCAUUGGAAUUGGAAAUUGUGCGUUUGAGAGGGGCUGUUGAAGUAAUGAAACACAUGGAGGAGGAUGAAGGAGAGGAGAAGAAACUGGAAGAAGUCAAACUGGAUGUGCUUGAAGUAUUUAAUCAAACUCUUGUCAUCAAAGAAAACCAAUGAUGGCAAGAGUUUGAUUAAGUACUUCAACUGCUUCCAAUUCCUCCUCUGAAUGCGAGACGGUGACAACACGGAGAGAGAUUGAGUGCGAUGCCACAGUGUGAGAGAUGAGAGAGAGAGUUCCUGGGAGAGAGAUAGGAAGAGGAGAGAAGAAUAAUACAGGAAAACCUUGAGAAGAUGAAGAAGAAUGUUUGAUUUUUCUUUUUAGAGAUGGUGUUCAAAGAGAGGGUUUCUUCUUUUUUACCAUCAGAAACUUAGACG